UCUCCGUUAGCGCCGCGGUUUAUCGCCGAAAAGAGCGCCGGGUUGGGCGUGUGUGGCCGUGUGCUACCGUCGCCGCCGCUCUGGGAAGGUUCUUGUGUGCGCACCGGUAUCUCCGUCUCUCCGCACUCCUGGAUUCGUCUACCUCGCUUGUGCUGUGCAACGUUUUCCGAGCCGAUUUGUGCGAUCCGUUUGCCGCGGUGCAAGAUCGGGCUCGCUCGGGCCAGCGAGCGAAUUUUGCACGCUCGUUUCGCGCGGGGCGGCCGUGGUGAUGCCGUCGUCGGCGAGUGCGCGUCGGUGUCGGCGGCGGCGCGCGAGCCGGAGCUGCCGCGCCGGCUUUGGCCGCCAUGCGUGAUGCGUUCACGGUGCUCGGCUAGAACCCACCGUCGUCGGCCGAUGGACGCGUGCGUCGGGAUUCCCACGUGAGUGUCGACACCCAUGGGGAUCAGCCGCGGCUCUGAGCGCUGGACGCCGCCGGCCGACGUGCGACCCAGACUACCGCUGCUACUGCGCAACCGCCUCAAAUCGUGCUGCUGCCGCCCCUGCGGCUACUGGUUUUCGGCGUCGUCGCCAGUGGUUCUCUUCCUGGUGGCUUCGGUGCUCCCGCUGCUCGCCGGGUCCGACGCGAACGGCACAGAGGCAAUAGCCAACGAUGUCCGGAACUGGGCGUGGCGUUUUGGUACAGAGAUCUCCAACCAGAGUCUAUUUGCGUCGAAUUUCACCGAGAUUAAAGAGAACUUCGAAGAGUUCAAGGCAAAGCCUCACCACAAGGACAUCGCGCAGCUGACAGAGAAGAUUCUUAGGGACCUGGGCAACCUAGUCAGCUCCAAAACGGAAUCUCUUAAGGUUUUGAUACAAGAAGCCGAGAAAAAUGCCAAAGACCACAAGUACAGCACAGACAUCGACUUUCGCUACUUCAACGCCAAGAAGCUGUACCGUCCCAACAAGAUGCCCAAGCUGUCCGAGGACGAGGACCCGGACGACUGGAUGCCCAUGGAGAUGCACCAGGACCGGCGCUUCGAUGACGCCGACGUCAACUUCACCUACAGUGCCAUUCACGUGGCGACCAACAUAUACUACAAGUCGGCGUCGGUGCUCAACGCCGUCAAGUGGUCGGAGGGGAUGAACUCCCGCUUUAAGAACAACCGCGUCGUCGACCCGUUCAUCGCCUGGCAGUUCUUCUGCAGCAGCACUGGGUUCAUCAGGCUGUUCCCUGCCCGGAAGUGGCCUGACGACGACCCCGACAUGUACGAGUGCCGCACAAGACCAUGGUACGUCCAGGCCGCGGCCUCGGCCAAGGACGUGGUCAUCCUGCUCGACGGCAGCGGGUCCAUGAUGGGGCUGCGCAAGGAGAUCGCGCGCAACGUCAUCGUCAAUAUCCUCGACACGCUCACCGAGAACGACUACGUCAGCAUUCUCAGGUUCUCCAACGUGAUCGAACCCGUUGUGAGCUGCUUCCAUUACAACUUGGUGCAGGCCAACGCCAGGAACGUCAGGGAAUUCAAGCAAAAUCUCAGCAAACUCGAGACGGUCAACAUCGCCAACUUCACCGCCGCCUUAAAGCAGGCUUUCGAGAUGCUGCAACACUACAACAAGUCUCGGCUCGGCAGUCAAUGCAACCAAGCCAUCAUGCUCGUCACGGACGGCGCUCCCUACACCUACGAGGAGAUCUUCAGGCACUACAACUGGCCAAACAUCCCGGUGCGCGUGUUCACCUAUCUCAUUGGUCGAGAGGUAACCGACACCCGGGAAAUGAAUUGGAUGGCCUGCGCCAACAGAGGUUACUACACUCACGUGACGACGCUAGCAGAAGUUCGGGAGCAAGUAUUGAAAUACGUGCCAGUCAUGAGUCGCCCCAUGGUGCUGUCGCGGAGGCAUCCCAUCGUCUGGACUCCCGUCUACGGCGACAUGACGGAGCCCAAGCUGACCGACUGGCUGUGGGAGGAGCGCGAGAAGGCGCAGGUUCGCAAGCUGAUCCUGCAGCAGCGACUGUUCCGCAAGAAGGACCCCGAGCCCUCGUACUACGGCGACGGAGACGCCCUUCUCGUGAGCGAAGACACCUCGGCCGAAUACGUGGGCGCCGACCAGCCCGACGCGCCGACCCUGAGGCGCCACGCCCGCUCCUCCUCGCAGGCCGAGGCCCUGCGAAGGCCGCCCAAGAAAAAAUAUCCGCCGCUGUACACAACAGUGGCGGCCCCUGUGUACAACACCAGCAACGACACUGCUGGAACCGCCAACCUGCUCGGCGUCGUCGGCAUCGAUGUGCCGCUGCGGGAAUUCCAGAAGGUCGCCCAUCCUUUCAAGCUUGGCGUCAACUCCUACUCAUUUAUGAUCAACAAGAACGGCCAUAUCCUGUUCCAUCCGGACCAUCGCCCCAUGUACAAAGACAUGCUCAAGCCUUACUACAGUAAUGUGGAUCUCCUCGAGGUGGAGCUACUGGACAACGAAACCGCCGACCGCCUCUUCAACCACGUAUUUGCCGAGAUUCGUAAAAACAUGAUUGACGGCAGAAGAGGGUGGAUGGAGUUUUUGCCUAUGCGAGUGCACCUCGACGACAUGAAACGGGUUGUGACGAGACGUCACAAUUACCAGUACGGUGCUGUACCGAACAGCUCAUUCUCGUUCGGUAUAGCUGUGCCGCAGCCGUACGGCUCCACCGAAAUCCUGGGCGAGGUGCAGGUUCAAUCAAGGGAAGAGGACUGGAGGAAGUACUUCGAAGGAGAAAACUGGAGGGUUCAUCCCGACUGGGAAUACUGCGUGGACAUCCACAGCACGUACGACACGCCCGAAACGAUAAUCAAAGAUUUUCUCGAGCGCGUCAUGAAAGAACCCUCCGAAACAUCAGAACGCUACAAGUGGAAGCCGGACUCUAAAAGGCAGUUCUACAACACCAUGGUCUGUGACAAGGACCUUGUGCAGAGCCUGGUGUUCGAUGCCAAGGUGACCAGUCCGGAGAAGAUCAUGGCCCGUCAACCUUCCAAACAGCUCUACUCCCAUGUUUCAAAGUAAGCGCCACCGCUUCAUUCGGCCUGUCGUCACGCGGCCGUGUCUGAGCUGGCUUUAGGGGCUACUCCUCAAGGUUACUUCGUCGGUUAUACCACGACCGACUGACGAAGGUAUUCGACAG